GUUGUACAACAAGAGAUGUCGCUACUUUAUUUAUUUACUUUGGUAUCAUAUUAAAUUACUACAAUAUUAACUUUUCCAACUCUGUACAACAUUACGUUAUAAAACCAAACAUACAGCGCUAACAGUAAACUGUGUUAUUAUUACUUAAAUCAACUAAUUUGAUGCCUCAUUUAAUAAACCUAUUAAGGCUGCCAUAAUGUCGGAGUAUUUGGAAAUCGCACUGAACAAGACUUUACAUGCAAAUUAUAAUAAUUUUAAAUAUUUUCAAAAUCAAGAUAACAAUAGAAAGAAACAAGAGGGAAAUCAUCAGCAAAUUUUAGAAACAUUAAGAAAAGCGAUCGAAUCAAGCCUUAAUUUAGCUUUGAAAGACAAAUCAAUUUGUUUUGAUGAUAAUUUUCUGUAUCGGUUUUUAUAUGCAAGAAAAUUUAACUACAAGGCUGCCAUGGAUUUACUCAUAAAUUAUCUAAAGAAUAAGAAAAAUGACAUGAUUUGGCAAAAUAUAAAUGUGUUUGAUCAAAAGAUUCAACAUGCGUUGUUGGAUGGGAAUCCUGGAAUACUUACCGAAAGGGAUCGCCGCGGAAGACAAGUAAUAACAUUCACUGCAGCAAAUUGGAAUACUAGCAAAUAUUCCCUUGAAGAUAUUUACCGAGCACUGCUAUUAACUCUAGACACAUUGUUGGAAGAUAUACAAAAUCAAGCAUUAGGAUUUGUAAUAAUUGUUGACUGGACAAAUUUUAGUUAUAAACAAUCAACACAUUUAUCUCCGAAAAUAUUAAAAAACAUUAUUGAAGGAUUGCAGGAAUUUAUGCCAGUAAGAUUUAAAGGAAUCCAUUUCAUCGCUCAGCCCUGGUACGUGGAAUUUACCCUAACAGCUAUAAAACCAUUUUUUAAAGAGAAAAUUAAGAAACGUAUUUUUGUGCAUGGAUUAAACCUGAGCUCAAUGCACAAUCUUAUUUGUAAAGAUAUAUUACCUCCCGAAUUAGGUGGCGAAGCACCCAAUGUUAAUCAUUUUGAUUGGUUUAAUUUUUUAAUUGUGUGCAGUCAAUCAGACAUUCCAAAGGAAUAUCGAAUUAUGAAAACAAUUGUUUAUACUAAGUCUCCAAUAUGUUUAAAAGAUAAUAUGUAAUCAUAGUAUAAAAAUAUUUGUAACAUGUAUGUAAUAAAAAACUGAAUCCUUACUUCUA